UUGUCUUAAAUUUGAUGUUAGAUCGCUCUGUUAUUGUAAUGGCCAUUUAUGAUUAGUUGUAUUAGUCCUUUGUGACUAGUGACUUUUUAAACUGAAUUAUGAAUACAAUCCUAAAAUUCCUAUAAAAUUAAAUAUAAAAAAAGGACACACAAUAAUUAUUUCCCAUGACAUUAUUGUGUAACAUAAAAUUUUGGAGUGGCCGCAAAUACAACCCAAUGAAAAACGAAACAUUACCUUUCGCCAAAAAAAUAAAAAAAAACGAAACAUUACUCAUUGUCCUAUAUGCGAUCUCCUACUGCCAUCUGUCCACUUUGUCUUGGCCUUUCAACAACAUCCCACAUCCCGAAAUUAGACUCGAAAAACGACAGUCGCUUCAGCUCAAACCCUCAAUCUCAGCUGUCUCGGUCCGAGCUCCGAAUAGAGUGGUAAAUUUUCCAAAAUAUCAUGGGCAAAAAGGUCAAAUGGAGCUGGACCUCAGCAAUUAUCGGAGCGGCGUCGGCUUUAGCGACGACAGCGCUGUUGUCGUCGAAGCCCAAGGACCCAACCUUCCACCUCAUCUCCAUCAAUCUCACCUCCUUCAAGCUCAACCUCCCAGUUCUCGACACCGACCUCAUCCUCAACGUCCACGUCACCAACCCCAACAUCACAGCCGUCCACUACUCCUCCACCUCCAUGUCCAUCUUCUACAACGGCUCGCUUCUGGGCUCGGCCGAAGUUCAAGCCGGCUCUCAGCCGCCCAAGUCAUGCCAGCUGCUCCGCCUGCCUGCGCGGCUCGACGGGCUCCAGCUGGCCCACCACGCCGCUACCUUUGUUGCUGACGUGGCGAAGCGGGAGAUGGUGCUCGACGCGGCUGUGGAUAUUGCUGGGGCGGCGAGGAUUUUGUGGUGGGAUCACAAGUUUAAGGUUCACGUGGAUAGUCGCGUGACCGUCGAUCCAGUUUUUCUUGACGUCAUUGAUCAGGAAAAUAAGUUGGAGAUGGAGAUUUUUCUUGCUUGAGUUGAGUUCCCAUGUUUUUUAGAAAUUAUAAGUGUUUUUAAUUUUCUUUCUAAAGGUAUUUUGGCUUCUUGCUGGCUUUGUUGUGUGCUGUAGUUGGUUCCCAAUUUGGAAUCCAAACUAUUAUUUGUGUCACUUUAGUAUUUCAUUUACAUGUUAGCGUGUAAUAAGUCCGGAUUCGAAAGCUAUGCAACGCAAUAUAAAUCCAAGAGCUUACUAAGGUCUUGAAUUCAAAAGUUGAAACAGAACAUAGACCGAGAGAAGGUUGCUUGU